GGAUUUUUAUCACCGUGGAGAAUCAGGCAUUUCUUAAGGUACUCCUCCUUUGCUGUGGCUCGUUUUGACUCGGUUGUAGGAAGGUUUUGCCAUUCCACAGGGCAAGAAUCAAACCGAUAAGAUCAAAGGCUUUCAAGUAAUAGAAUUUUUUAUUGACAUCUUUGCGACUUUUAAACAAGAAGAGGAUGAGAGGCCCUACCGUGGCCUCGCUCACAGGACUGAUAGUGCUGGCAGCUUGCACCCACUUUCUCAAGGCGUCAGACAGCUGCAGUGGGGAGCUGGCCCGGCUGCAGGAGCAGGAGCUGCUUUUGAAGAGACAGCUUCAGAAACAGGAGCUCCUCCUACGCCGAUUACAUCUGAUGAACCAACCGGGCGACGUGAACGAUGCCAGAUCUGACCAGGUCCGGGACACGCAGCACGCAGACUGCUCCCAGGUCUACGGCUCUGGCCUCAAAUCCAGUGGUCUGUAUCGGAUCAAGCCCAGUGGGAGCCCCUCGGCGGUCAAAGUCUACUGUGAUAUGAGCGAAGGAGGAGGCUGGACUGUGCUGCAGAGACGGAUCAAUGGGGCAGAGACGUUUAACAGGUCGUGGACAGAGUAUAAGGAUGGCUUUGGAGAACUGAAUGCAGAAUUUUGGCUUGGAAAUGACAACCUGCAUUUCCUCACAACACAAGGGAAUUCUACAGUGAAGAUCAACUUGGAAGACUUUGAUGGCCACCAGCGUUACGCUGAGUACAAGAACUUUCAAGUAGCAAAUGAAAAGGAUCACUACCGCCUUACGUUCGGAGCUUAUGUUGGUACUGCUGGAGAUGCUCUGACUGGAAGCUAUCAGGUUCCUGAGUCAAAAUGGGCGAGCCACCAGGGCAUGAAAUUCAGCACCUAUGACCAGGACAAUGACAACUACAGAGGCAAUUGUGCUCAGGAAGACAAAGGAGGCUGGUGGUUCAAUAAAUGCCACUCAGCCAAUCUCAAUGGCAUGUACUAUCCCAACGGACACUACAGUGCUUCGACAGAUGACGGCGUGAUCUGGUACCCUUGGAGAGGGUGGUGGUACUCACUGAAGACCAGCACCAUGAAGCUGAGACCUGUAGAACACAACACUGGUCUCACUGACCAGGUUACAGUUUCUCCUAGGGCCCCCUCCUAGGUUAUAUUUGCUUUAGUAACUGGUGAAUACAUAGAAAAGGACUUUGCAUUCAGACAUAUCUUGAGAAUACUUAAAGCUGCAAUGACUAUUUCCUGAUAUGCAUUCUGUAUUAUACUUGUGUUGGGGCAAAGUAGAGAAAUCUAUAUGUACUACCAAGCAGUUUUUCAAAUAGGUUAUUAUUAAAAGUGUAAACGUUAAAUGGAAAGAGUUAAGGUAAACCAAAGCUGAGUUGCAUGCCUAAUAUGCACAAGCAAGGGAUAAAACAAGGACUUGUGAAAAGUUUUGGUCAGUUUCAGAGACUUAAAUGUUGCAAGAGGAAGUUGCAUCCAGGAUCUAUUAUGAAGGCUCAAAAGGAAAGUCUGAUACUAGUGUUACACACAAAUAUACUGGUAGAAACAUUUGACUGAAAGGAGAUAUCAUAUAGCUGGAGUUGAUUUAAGUAGUGUAUUCUAUCUGUAUAACAGAGCAGUAUUUCAUUUCAAAACUACCCUGUCCAGGAGUGUUCUGAUCCCUCCAAGGAACAGGGCCUACUGAUCUAAAGAUCAAAUGUAUUUGCAAAUAAAUCCCUAGAUAAAUAAAGUGGGUUGCUUUUAAAGA